CAAAGCCAACCCAUUUAGCAAAGAAGAAAAAAACCGAGAGUACCAAAAACCACACAGCAAUGUGGGCAGUGUCCUACCUGCCCCCACCAACACCGCCAUGCCACCCUCUCGUACGGAACCUCAACAAACCACCUCUCAAUCUCAAGAGCCUCUCCGUCUCCGCCAAGUCUCAGCCACCAGGCCAAGACCUCGGAGGCUUAGGCCAUUCAAUUCUCACCAAACUCAAAUCCAACCACAAACCCACAACCCCAAUUCUCUCAAAGCAAAAGCAAAAGCAAAGGCAAAAUCAAGAGGGUAAGCAGAUGAUUAGUGGGUCUGAUGUGCUUUUCGCUCUCCAGAAAGCAGCUGAUAAGAAAAGCAGAGAGAUUGGUAAGAAAAAGAAGAAGGCAAAUGUGUCGUCGUCAUCAUCAUCAUCCUAUCUGGGAAGCCACGGGGAAGAGGAAGGUGUGGAUGAGGAUGUGAAAGUGAGGCCCUUGUGUGUGAAAAGUGAGUGGGGUGAUAGGUUGGAUGAAUUGGAAAAGCGCUGUCAGGAGCUUUCUUCUAAGGUCGUUUGAGGGUUUGCCCAUCUAUGCAUUCCAAUUGUGAAUAAUAUUUUAUUUGAUUCAUGUCAAUGUUUUCUUUUUCUUUUUCAACACUGGUCUUGUUAUCCUUGCAUUGUAUAAAUGAAUCACAUUCGGAGAAAUGAGACUAAUGUCACCUAUGGACACUUGGCAAUAGAGCAAAGAGGACAAUUUUUUUAGUUUUC